ACCUCCCAGCUACUCUCGAUCACAACGAGUCCAUUGUCGUUUAAUUCAUUCUAUGCCAUUGACUAUCUAUUUCAAUUUACCAUGUCGGCAAAUGUUGCAGUAGGCGUAGCUCGCCGCGGGGCAAGGUCGGUCUUUGGAGCUUCGGCAUUUUCACGAAGCAGCAGCUUUGUUUUCCGCUCGAGAAAUAUUCAGAUUGCGUCGCAAAGAGUCAAGAAUUUCUCGACAGAGCGAUAUCAGCUACUCAAGAUUCAAUACUGCUCACCGCAGCAUUACCAAAGCAGAUUCAAUCUACAACAGCAACAGCAACAUCGCAAGUACAGCUCUGAGAAUGCGCCAGUAUUCAAACAGAUCGGAUUCGAUGAUAUCAAUACAAAACUCUCCCUAUCCCCAUCCUCAACACCCUCCAACAUAAUCCUCAUCGAUGUCCGCGAACCUGCCGAACUCGCCGCAACGGGGAUCAUACCAGGUGCUGUUUCGGUGCCUUUAGCCUCUCAACCAGAUGCCUAUUUCCUGCCCCCUGAGGAAUUCGAGACGAGGUUCGGAUAUACCAAACCGGGGUUUGAGCAAUCUUCCUCGCCGGAGACAGCGGGUAAAGAGAAGAAGGAGAUUAUAUUCUAUUGCAAGGCUGGAGUGAGAGCGCAGGCUGCGGCGCAGUUGGCUGUGCAGGCUGGGUAUGAUCCUGAUACGUUGGGGGUAUAUCGUGGGAGUUGGUUGGAUUGGACGAAUAAGGGAGGGAAAGUGGAAAAAUGGGAAGGUAACGAUUAGGUCUAUCAGGACUUGGAUAGUCUCCCUUUAGGAAGCAGAGAGUAGGAUAGGAUGAAGUAGAAAUUAUAUAAUCAGAAUCAAUCACAACUACAUACACAUCACAAAAGUGUAAAAAAGCGUAAAGACUUUUCCCCCUUAAUUCACAUUUUUGAUUUGUCAUCUCAUCUGAUCGUAUUCUGUUCAAGGAAUAUCAAAAAGUGGCUUCAUCUUCUUGAUUAAGGCCCACUCUUCCAUCGUGACAUCAGACCUAUAGAAUUCCUUGAGUGUAUCAAUACUCUUUCGUGAGAUUUCAGAAUAGAGUGUAUCGCUUUCUUCCAAUUGUCGGCCGUAUGCGGGUUGAUUGGCUCCGUCAAUCUUGACGGCUACAGAUGGUUGGCCACGUUUGCAGACUUGGAUGGCUUUGUGGUCACGCUCAAUUGAGGCC